AUGCCCUCUCAACCUGCAUACUUCCAGUUGGACCAGUUCUCAAUCAUGCCAUUCGACGGAUUCUCCUUCAAGUUGCAACUUGCUGCCCAUCGAUGCCUCGCUGUCUGCAGAGACAAGGAGACAGCGAAGCACGUGAUAACCCGAUACGGACUAGCGGCUUGGGGAGCAGUGGUGUCCUUAUGGUUGCCUGAGGCCAUCAUAUGGGCCGUAUUCGGAGAGGAGGGAAAAUUGAAGAGUCCCUCUGAUCGCCUUCUCCUUGGGCUUUCCAGUCACAGAUAG